CACUUUAAACUCCGUUCUUUCACCUUAGCAUGUAGCCAAUUAGCUAUACUUAGCACGUGUCAUAGUGAAGUUAUAGCUAAAGCUAAGCUAAAAAAGGAAAAAGCAUGCCGGCCCAUUUUGAUGAUGAAGAUGACUGGAUGCUAGUGGAACGGAGAAGGGGUCGCAGGGAGUACGGUUGGCCAAACCGGGACCGGAGAAAUGAAGAUGACAGACCGGAAAGAUAUUACCGAAGUGAGUACCCCUCCCCUGAAAACCGACAGACAUACAGAAGAAGAGACUUUUUCUCCCGUGAAGGGAGACAAAUACGCAGAAAUGACUACCCGGACGAAGACAGGUGGCGAUCACGCAGAAAUUAUUACCCCUCCCGUGAAAGACGACAGAGCUACGCUACGGUCACUAGAUAUGGCAGAUUUGCUGGGAGGCAGAAUGAUCGCAGAGAACAACAGAGGUACCGAACGGGUAGAACUACAUAUCCAGAUCCGCGCCCCCGUCCACCCAGAGAGGACAGAUGGAUGAGGGGACGAGAUGAAGGAGAGGAUCGAAACCCAAACAGGAGGAGAAGAUACUUCAACCCGUCUCCUAGACAACGGAACAGAACCCAGACGGAUCGGAUUCAAUCUGAUGAUACAGAUUUUCUACAAAAGCAUCUUGGGCAAGAAGAAACUUUGGUCGCAGACUCACUGAGGAGACACUGGACCAAACCCAAGCAGUGAUUGUUGCUAAGAUGGCGGACUU